AUGGCUAUCGAUCAAACAGGAUGGAAUUGGGAGGAUAAUAGUUAUGAAGUGGAUGAUGAUUCAAAAUCACAUUUUUACCAAUGCGAUUUAAUAUCGUUUAGUAAAUUAAAAAGGGAAGAGAAAAAGGAAGCAUUUGAAAAGAACCAACUAGAUUAUGCAUACAGGGGAGCAUCAUCGGAUUUGGUACAUUUCAAUGAUAAUUUCAAAGGAUAUUGUCAUGUAUGUAGGAAUGAAAAACAAGAUACCAAAGACACCCGUACCACAGGAGUAUGCAGGUGUUGUAAAUUGUUUUUGCAUACGAAAUGUGCAUUGAAACACCAUAAUCCACACCUUGUAUUCAAACAAUAUCAACCUGGUGGAUCAUCGAUUUGCUCCUCUUCUGCAGUGUCUGCACCUCUGCCAUGCACAUAUAUGCCAACCUCGUAUGGGGGACCAUACGACACACCCUAUCCUCUGGCCAGUGACAUUCACCAACUUCCAUCGCUUUCAUCCACCUUGCAAUCCAAGAUUACCCUACCAUCAUUAUCAAUGUCACUCCACACUCCGAGUACAGUCCCAAGUGGGAUGUAUCUCAGUGGAAUGAUACAUCAUGGUCCAAAUCAAAAUAUGGCAAGAGGUGGUGGCGGUGGUCCAUCCAACAGUGAACCUAGAUUCCCACAUACAAUAAUCCAUUAA